AUGCCUAUGAGCACGAACACAUCUGCAUGCUGCUCGAUCCCGCAACUUUUUGACGAGAGCUUGUGGAGGUCCUGUGGAAUUGAGAUCGAUUAUAAUACAUCGUCUGAAGCAGAAGCCAUAUUUACGUCUAUGCUAGGCAAAUGCAUCGGAGAUUGUACAUUUGCCACAGCUGGGUUUUUAAAUGAUAAAGAUAUUGACUUUGAUGAGCUUCAUAGUUCUAUCAUCAACAAAACUGAAACAAAUUCCGCUUGGUCUGAGAAUAUGCCAUUUUUGGUAAUAAAUGCUACACUAAUGGUCGAUAAAAUGCACCAAGCUGAUGAUCAUUGGCAAUGUGAAACAAAGGCAGAUAUGUUUUUAGAGUAUUUCUACGCGUUGUUAAUGAUAAACUGUCCACGGCGUUUUUGGAAUGAUACUGCUACAUGUUCUGAAAUGAAAAAGCGAUUUGAAAUAUGCCCGCAGAAACUUCAGCCUUCUGUACACUAAUAGUUAAUAUCACUAAUUGGAAGAAAAAUUCUUGAAAAAUGGCC